AUGGCCCUGUGGCCUUUCCGCCGCAAGAGCGGUCGGAAGCGGCCCCUCAACGGCGCAGCUUUAUCUGACGCUGAGGGGUCGUCUGCAAAGGCACAUGCUGAAGGCGCAAUCACUCGAGGCGUCUCACAGAAGAAGCAAAGGAUUGAGCCUGGUCCGUCUAGCCAGCCUGGGCGGAGAUAUAGCUUCUCUCCGGGUCGACAGGAUUCAUUGGGCACAGAGAAGCGCAGAGCAUCUCCGGAUCGACGGGCCCGGCAUUCUCGGCAGAUCGAUGAACACGACCUCCCGCCUCAACCAGAAUGGGCCCGCACACCCACACUACACCAUAAUAAGCAAAAAAAGAAGUCCGGCCGGGGGAAGAGCAACAGAAAGAAGGAAGAAAGAGCCAGGGCUGCUGAAAUCAAGGCCAUCAGCGAGUUUGCGCCCGUCAGACCCGCUGCCGAGGAGUGGACAUCAGGGCGGCCGAUGAGGAAAGAGAGCAAAAGAUUCAAGGCUAUGCCUGGAUUUGGAGUACCGCGUACGUCUGAUGUCUCUAUCCCUGUUCCUGGUUCGAUCGAUUCUAGCAUGUCGUCAGAUUCGGACUAUGCUUCCUUCAAGGUCUCGGCACUCGACUCGCUAGCUCCAAGGCCAACUCUUCGCUAUGAACCGGGGCCCAGAAGCUCGCCCUCUCGGACUCCUCAUCCAGGGCAGAGCAGAUUUGGCCUUGAUAUCGGCCCCACGAGGCAACCUACACUGAAAGGCCCGAAGCGUAUCGACGAAUUAGCCGACGACCUUGACGCUGGCGGCCUUCGCGAGCUGAUGGAGCGGGAAGAUAGGCGACGAGAGCGACGACGACAGAAGGACCGCGAGCGGGCUGGACGUAAACUGGCCCGCAGCGCUGAGAAGCAAAAGGCUGAACUGGCCGAGGCUCGCAAAUCUGGAACUCCUCCUCCAGAGAAUCUCGAGAGAGGUGUUGCUGGCCGUGAGCUUGUCGGCCUCGGCAUUGACCCGCCCUCUGCCGUCAGGACAUCAUCCGAGCGUCGCGAAUCCAUCUCCUCGUCUCAUCGCAAGUUUGAAUCUUCAGACCUUGAGAAAUCCGAGCACCCGCACCGGAGGUCGGCUGACUCAAGUGCUGAGCCAGUUGAGGAGCCUGCUCCACUAGAGAACGAGCCUGUUGACAAGAUCGAACAUGAGUCUACUGAGGAGCCUGAACCAAUGGUUUUGGACCAAGCUCCCUUGGUGGACGAAUUGAAGAAGGAGUCUGCCAAGGAUAUUCCCCAGGAGCCCCCUCGACAGGAUCUUCAACCAAGAGAAUCCAAAGCACAAGAAUCGACAGCAUCCCUUGUCCAACCAAGCUCAAGGUUAGGCAGUCUUCUCCGCUUGAGGCGAACCAAGUCGAAAUCCACAGUGGCUUCCGAGAGAGACCAAGUUGAGGAAGAUAGUUUACGAAGAAGUACAGCAAGUAGCGGGACUCGGAACCGCCUGUCUUUUACCAACAUCAUACGAUGGGGAAGCAAACGCCUGCGUAAAAAUCCAACUCCAUCCUCAUUCUCGAAUACCUCUAGAGAUGAAAUGCAGGCUGCCGCUGCUGCCGCGGCAGCAAUAAGAGCUCAAUCGAUUGCCCAAGCACAGGCCGAAGCACUUGCCAGGCUACAAGGCCAAGAGCUACCAACGGCAGAGCCAGGUUCAGGUGUAUACAUCUCCCGAAAACAAGGCUCGCUCCGAACAAAAUCGAGAUUCCGAGAGGACUUGCCAGAUUAUCCAUCCCCUCCCGAGUCUCCAGUGCAAUCGCCAGACCUCUCAGUCGUGGUAGAAUCCACGGGCGAUGACACCCGCACACUACCUAUCCCAAUCCCAGGGGCAUCCGACCAUAAGCGCCCACGCUCAACUUCCUUCGACAGGGUGUCUUCAGUGCCCUCCCCUGACGGCAACCCGGUGCUCUCCAUGUCCUUGGCUUCCGUUGACUCGGAAGGCUCAUGGCUCUCUGGAAAAGUCAGCACUAAGCGAUCCUCGGCAAUGCGUGAGAGUCUGCUCAGAGCCAACCGAAUUACCGAAGCUCCAUUUGCUAGCUCGCCUACCAAUACCACCCAAGAGGAUCUGGCCAUCGCAGAUGACGAUUAUCUCGUCCGCUUGACGCCCAACCGAGAGCCUAGUGGGUUUAAUAACCUCCAAGGAGAUGGCCGACCAAGCAGCGAUGAUGAGGAUUACAUUGACGAAUCAGGUGCCAAGUGGGGAAAUGUUGGUUCCCAUCCCCAAGUCGUGCACAAGCAUAGAAGCACCCUGCGGAGCGUUGAAGGACUCCUCAAUAUCGAGUCUGAAGACGAGGAAGUCCCAGCCCCGCCCUCUCCCUUGAGCCUCGAAGAUGUGGACAGUAAAUCCACCCCAAACGCCAAGGCCUCGAACUAA